AUGGGUUUAGAUACUAUUGUCAAGAAUGGUCUUAUUGUGACGGAGAGCGGAGUUCUUCCCGCUGGUCAAAGCAUUGGAAUUUCGAAAGGGAAAAUAUCACUCAUAGGAUACGACUUGCCUGAGGGCCCUGAAACGAAGAUAAUUGACGCAGAAGGAGCUUACAUUACCCCUGGGGGUGUUGAUUCUCAUGUUCAUCUCGCCCAAAUAAAUGCUCCAACUGGAGACAGCUGGGAGACUGGUACGCGCAGUGCCAUCGCUGGCGGCACAACAACUGUCCUAGCAUUCACAUCGCAGACCAAAGAGAUGAAGACACUGUUCCCUGUUCUUGAGGAGUAUCACGGAAAAGCUCGAGGACAAGCUUAUUGUGAUUACGGAUUUCAUUUCAUCAUUACCAAGCCAAAUGAAAAAAUAUUAAAGGAAGAGUUACCCAGAAUCGCCAAGGAAGAAGGGAUCACCAGUGUGAAGCUUUAUAUGACAUACGAGCUGUAUGAACUUUCUGAUCAUGAGCUUCUCGAUACAUUACUCGCCUGUCGAGCCCUUGGAAUGACAACAAUGAUUCAUGCAGAAAACGGAGAUAUGAUUCAAUUUUUGGUGCAAGGCCUCGAACGAAAUGGCAAUACAGCACCUUUCUUCCAUGCAAUCGCGGGUCCAAAAAUUGCGGAAGAUGAAGCAUCGUAUCGCGCUAUAAGGCUGGCAGAACUAGUAGAUGCUCCCAUCUUACUGGUUCAUGUAUCUGCAGACGGAGCAAUGAAGCACAUCAGAGACGCUCAAACGAAAUUGCUUCCAGUUCAUGCAGAAACAUGUCCUCAUUACCUCUUUCUACUCUCCAAUAAGUUAGCAAACCAAGAGCAUGACCAUUUUCAUGGCGCAAAAGGUGUUUGUUCUCCACCUCUGCGUCACAACGUGGAAGAUCUGGAAGCUCUCUGGCGUGGAAUUGCCAAUGAUACCUUUACUGUUUUCUCCUCCGACCACGCUCCAACCAAGUAUAAUCAUCCGCAGGGAAAGAAAGCUGGUAUCAUUAACGGAAUUCCGAAGUUCAGCAAAAUCCCCAAGGGAAUUCCAGGAAUCGAAACCAGACUUUCUCUACUCUUCAGUGAAUCCGAGGGAUGUCUCCCAAAGAACCAGGCAAGACUUAGCCUUGCUCGCUUUGUGCAGCUUACAUCGGGUAAUCCGGCUAGGCUGUACGGUCUCACACAGAAAGGGUGCAUAUUACCCGGAUACGAUGCCGAUCUCGUUAUCUGGCAUCCGCAGGGUAAAGGUGGGCGAGUCAUUUCUCAACAGAAUCUACAUCAUGAUGUCGAUUAUACUCCAUUUGAAGGGAUGCAUGUCAGGAAUUGGCCCCGACUCACAAUUUUACGUGGUGAGAUUGUUUGGAACGCAGACCAGAACAGCAUUACUGGUACAAAAGGAUUUGGAAACUUCAUUAAGCGAGAGAAUGGGCAUCUUAUUGUCGGCAAGCUUGGCCAGCUUCCAAAAGGCAUGGUUGAGGGCGAAAGAGAUUUCUGGCUGCCCAAACCUGAUGUAUGA